UUUUUUUUUUUUUUUUUUUUUUUUUUUUCCGUCGGAAAAAUCCUUAAUGGGAAAUUGUGGCUUGUUCGAUCUAGAGAAGCACUUUGCAUUCUACGGCGCGUAUCAUAGUAACUCGAUAAACAUAGCGAUUCAUAUGAUAUUUGUUUGGCCAAUCUUUUUCACCACUCUUCUCAUACUUUACUUUACUCCUUCUCUGAUUAAUCUGGACUUCUCUCUGUUUGGUAACGAGUUUAUUCUGCUUUUCAAUUUUGGAUUCUUGUUUGCUUUGAUCUAUGCUCUGUUUUAUAUAUGUCUGGAUGCGAAAGCUGGUUCCUUGGCUGCUUUGCUUUGCUGUUUAUGUUGGGUGACUAGUAGUUUUUUGGCUGCUUGGCUCGGGUUUUCUCUUGCUUGGAAGGUUUUUGUGGUGGCUCAAAUUGUUUGUUGGACUGGACAGUUCAUUGGCCAUGGGGUAUUUGAGAAACGAGCGCCAGCUCUUUUGGACAACCUUCUUCAAGCUCUGAUAAUGGCUCCCUUUUUUGUACUGCUGGAGUUUAUCUUUUUCUUUCCUUCAGGGUCUUCAAACCUUCUUUGGUUAUGAACCAUAUCCAGGUUUUCAUGCAAAUGUUCAAGCGAAGGUUGAGACUGAAAUCAAUGGGUGGAAAGAGAAGAAGCAGAAUUUAAUUGUGUAAUUUGAACUGUUGUAUGUCCACAAUUAACGUUAUUGAUCAGUAUAGUUCCUGUUGCUGUAAAAAAUUUGUUAUGUAACGAUAGUAACUAUAGAAAAUGCACUUAAGAACCAUAAAUAUGAAAUACAAGGAUACAACUGUUGUUGCUCCA